GGUAAAAAAUUAAGCAAGUUAUGGUCAUUUACCUGCAUCAUUAAAACUCAAUGCUAUGCGUGAGCGAGCGCCCUGUCGUAAGAUGGCCGCCAAAAUGCGGACGUUCCACUCAAUUGGCCAUCAGCGCGGACGAGCCAUCUAGCCUUUAUACAUAUCUAUGGAGUUCACACUGACGGGCAACUUCUCUACCUAUUUCCGGUGUGAUGCUCGAGUCUGUCCCAAAAUACGACUCCGGUGCACCCCCGUGGACUCGCAUCAAGGGUCCCUAAAGUCUGGACUACGUGAUGUCAUCAAAGUGUGGACUCUGAGGAGGACCACAAGUCCGUAAUGUGCCAUUUGGUACAGGGCCAGAGAACAACAACAGCAAAGCCUGUAGUCUAUCUAUUUCUUUAAAAUCACUAUAUUGCCACCUGGCGGUGGUUGGAGACCAGGUUAUAGUCAGGCAAUGCUAAAGAGACCUAUCAUUCAUUUCUGAGGAGUUUAUAAGGGUUAAAAUGAAAAUCUUCAGAUUGAGUAGCAGCAUUAAGCACUUCUGGUUUAGAUGAAUUUUAAGUCCAUAUUGCCGCAAUUUUAUUUUUGUAGAUAGUAUUAGACAUUCUAGUCAUUUCAUAUUUAUUUUCAUAGUAGGCCUAUCAUAAUGUAUUUGUAAGGAGGACGCAGAAACAGUGGGAUCCAUUUUGCGGAUGUUUAUUAAAACAAACCAAUCUAGCAAACAAAUCCAAGGCAAGUGGGUAAACAGAGACAGGCAGGCAGGUCAAUAUCAAUAGGCAGUCCAAUCCAGGCAAACAAAGACAAGGGGUAAUCCAAAGGCAAUAAACAGGUAUACAGGCAGUCAGAAUAAACGCUUUGUAUGCAGGGUAAACUGGCAAUACUUUGCGCUAGGCCUAGGCCAGCUUGAAGCUUAAGUAAGGCAAAACAAGAAAUGAUCAGAGAAGCAGAGGGCAGCGCCAUGUCAGUACUCUGGAGAGGGCUCCCUCUGGUGGCACGGCGGUAUGGACGUUACAGUAUUAUACAUUUUUAUUAAUUUAUUUAUUAUUAUAUUAUAUCAACUUUUUCAUUAAAAGUUUGAUCUACAGCACCUUUGAAUAAUAAAAAUAGUAAAUGUUAUUCUAUGACAAAUGUUAAGUGGAGUGCAUAAUUUAUUCACUAAUUGUGUAAAGCUAUUUCAGUAACUUUCAAGUUUACAGAUUUCUGAAACAACAGUAGCAAAAUAAAUACAUUUGCUUAACUUAUUUAAAGUGGUGAUGGUCAUGAGUAUUGACAGUUUAUAUGUAUUCAGUGUGGUCAAAGCAAACUCACUUCCUCUGCUUGAUGUGGGCUACAUUUUUCCUCUGCUCAUAAAAAGAAAGACAGCACUAGACAUCAUUUGUGUUUUAUUCAGGCAACAACAUGAGAAUCACACAGCUUCAAAUCUAUCUGCUCAUAUGGCUUCAAGCUGCGGAGACUUUGGAUCAACUCACAGAUUUGGGACAAAAUGUGACUAUAAACUGUGAUCUGGAUGAAGAAGAGAUUUAUUGGUUAUUACUGAAAACACCAGAUCCUCCUGUGAUGAUAUUACGCACUUUAUCAUCAACAGCUUCAUUCCUCAACAAAACAUUCAGACACAAAUAUUCACUUCAAUCUAAAAAUCAUCUCUUUAUAAAUAACAUCACUAUUAAUGAAUUAGGAGUUUAUUACUGUAUGAAGACAGGUACACCACCAAAAUUCAGCAAUGGCACCAGACUACAUGUUAAUGAGCCAACAGUAAGCCCAAACCAAGUAACUUAUAUACAGCCAAAUCAUACAGUAGUGAAAUACAUUGACCAGAAUGAGAACAGAGUCACACUGUAUCAGACUCUUACCAUCAUACUUGGUCUGCUGAAUGGUGUUUGGUUCAUUGUGGUCCUGGGGAUAUUAAAGGUUUUUGUUGUUGGAAAUAAAAGAUUUGGACAAGGUUCACAACAACUUCAUAACACCGAUCUACACCAGCAUCAAGUUGUAGAGCACCAUCAAGACCCAAAUCAAUUACAGUAUGCAGAAGUGGACUUUUCAAAACUGCGUAAAAAAUAUCGACCCAGCAAAGCCGAUAGUACUUAUGCUGCUCUGAAGCUGCCAAAAUUGCAAACAUAAGCCUAGGACUAAUCUGAUCUUACAGUGUACAGUAUUAUCAAUACAUCAGGGAUAACCUUACAUAUUUACAUAUAUUAGUUAAGAGGUUUUUAUGUGUUUUGAAUAAUUGAUUCAAUGUGGUGACUGAUGCUGCUUAUCCAGUGUGGUUUGUUGUAUAUAUAUUGUGUUUUACUGUUUACAAGUUGUCAAAUAUUUAUUGUUAACAGUAUGUGUGUAGGUUAUAAUAAUACUUCAUCUUAUGUGGUGUUAAGAUUGUCCUUAAAUGUUUUCUGAAGGGGCAGAAAAGACAAAAAAAAAACGUGAGUGUGAGAAAAAAUUGAAUGUGAGUUGAACUUCCUCUCUUUUAUGUAAACGAAAGGUUCUCACGAUACAGUUAAGAGUUUUAAAGCAUGCUUUCAUCUAUAAGAUUAUAAAAACCUUUUUUUACAUUUAACAGUAAAAUGCCUUCAAAAUAUGAAUGUAUAAAUGUAUAAUGGGAUGGAGUUGUUGAGGCUUUUUUGUAGAUGAGCAAUUGCAAUAAAAACUUGUUUCAUGUAACUUUCAUGUAUAGCAUUGCUACAUUCAUAUUAAAAUAAAUGUUCAUUAA